UAUGCUGAACAGUAUAGUGCAGAAAUGGAAGGGCGAUGAUGGAAAUUUUAAUGGUUUUCUCUACGUAUGGAAGAAAACUAAAGUUGAGUGAUAUCUUUAAAUAUGCAUAUUUAUUUGUGAACUUAAUAUUCUGUAUCGUCAUUUCUGUUGAAACUGCUGCAGUAGCUUCCUAUCAAUGUCACGAUAUACAAUGCGUUCACGGAGUUUGCAGAGAAGGCCGUUGCGUUUGUGAUCAGGGGUGGCAAGGGAAUGGAUGUCAUCGGUGUGGUGGCCGGGUUAAGUUAACUAGGCCAUCUGGAUUCAUUAUAGAUGGCACAGGUAAUUACAGUGUCGAUAUGCAGUGUACAUGGCUUAUUGAAAGUGAUUCACCCAAUAGCACAAUUAGACUGGAGAUAGCUCAUUUUGAAACAGAAUGCAGUUGGGAUCACUUGUAUAUAUUUGAUGGAGACUCUGUUUUUUCUCGUUUAUUAGCAGCAUAUAGUGGAGUAUUAGUGAGAUAUGGCACUCCCUCUGACAAAUUAUCAGAAAUUGUGGCAACUUCAGGAAGUGCUUACAUAUAUUUCUACAGUGAUGCUGCUUACAAUAUGAGUGGGGUAAACAUUACAUAUAGCAUUAAUAGCUGUCCAAAGAAUUGUUCAGGCCGAGGUAUAUGUGUGGAUGGUAUUUGUACUUGCUGGGCUCAAUGGAGAGGUGAAGCUUGUGAUGUUCCCAUAUGUCCAUAUAAGUGUCGAGACAAUGGUUAUUGUGAUGUUGAACAUCAUAGAUGCAUUUGUAAUCCAGAAUAUACAGGGUUCGAUUGCAGCUUUCGUAUAGAUGAAGGAUGGUGGGCUGAAGAGCCUGUUAAAGAAAAAGUUCAGGGUCGAGCCCUUCAUGAAAUGGUUGUAAUAGGUGAUGAAAUGUGGGUUAUUGGUGGAGAAAAUUUUUAUCAUUCCACUUUCGAAAAUAUGAUAAAGUAUAAUUUUAUUAAAAAGACAUGGACAGUUAUGUCAAAUAACACUUCACAUGAACCUUUAAAUCGAUAUUGCCAUUCUGUUGUUGCUUAUGAGGGUAAUCUGUAUAUGUAUGGUGGUAUGCUGUAUAAUGGAACAGUCCUUAAUGAACUUUGGUUAUACAACACUACAAAGUAUAGUUGGCAUUUGUUAUCAAAAUUUACUAUGGAUCAGAAUUGUCAUUCUGAACCUUGUAGUCCUUUGGCUGCUAUGGGGCAUACAGCUACUGUUGUUGGAAAUUAUAUGAUUGUAAUAUUUGGGCAUAAUCCUGUAUAUGGCUAUCUCAACACAGUCCAGCAGUAUCAGUUAGCUUCUGACCAUUGGGAAUUAGUUACAACUCGUGGGGCAAUAGUUAAAGGUGGCUAUGGGCAUACUAGUGUGUAUGAUCCUGGCACUCAAAGAAUAUAUGUUUAUGGUGGCUACCAUUCAUAUGGAGCUGAAGCUGCUCUUGUUGACUUUCUCUAUGCUUAUAACUCAUGGGAAUAUACAUGGAUUUUGUUGACUCCUAGUCAGUCUCAUCGAUAUUUACAUAGCAGUGUUAUAUUAAAUGGAAUGAUGUUAGUUUUUGGCGGAAAUACACAUAAUGGCACAUCUUACAGCAAUGAUGGUCAGUGUUUCUCAGCUGAUUUCCAGGCUUAUGAUAUAGCUUGUGAUACUUGGCAUAUCAUGAAUUUUCCUUCCAUUCAUAAGCAAAAUAUUGCCAGGUUUGGUCACUCUGCAGUUGUUUACAAUGGGUCCAUGUAUGUGUUUGGUGGUUUUAAUGGUCAAAUGCUAAAUGACAUUCAAAAGUUAACACCAGGUUCAUGUGAAAAAAAUGCUAAUAGUGCUGCAUGUGAAAAAGCUGCACCAGGAAUUAAGUGUGUUUGGAAUUUUGAAAAGAAAAUAUGCCAGCCCUUUUCUGUUACUUCCAAAGUUGCUUCAUAUCACACUUGUUCUAGAAGAGGAGCAAAUGUUACAUCUUUAUGUGGACGUUUAACAUCUUGUCCAAGUUGUUUAGAAAAUACGUAUGGUUGUGUUUGGUGUGGAUCUUCUUGUUCUCAUGGUCGUUGUGGAAAAAAUAUAAAGGAAACUAAUAUACUUGACAAAUGUGAAGUGGCUGAAAGUAGUAAUUGUGAUAAAUUACAUAAUUGCCAUGCUUGCCAUACUGAGUAUCACUGUGGCUGGCAAACAGAUGAAAAAUGUUAUACAUUUGUUCGAGAAUCAAGUAAUGGUACUGAGAAAGCUAUUUUAAAUGACGAUUAUAGAGUUAAAUGUGAAAUUCCUUGUAGCAGCAGACAUACUUGUGAAAAUUGCACUCAAGGCCCUUGCAUGUGGUGUAGUAGUCAGCAAAUGUGCAUUGAAUCUAAUGCAUAUGCUGCAGUGUUUCCAGUAGCACAAUGUAUGGAAUGGACUACACAGAUCACAAAAUGUCGUGGUCUAAAUUGUCGUGAUAUUCAAACUUGUGACCAGUGCCAGAAGAAUCCUCGUUGUGGAUGGUGUGAUGAUGGAAGUGGGACAGGUUUAGGUGUUUGCCUGGAAGGUUCUGCUGCUGGUCCAGUGGUACUGGGAGGAUCUUCUUAUUCCUUAAAUAAUACUGUAUGCCCAGCAGGACAGUGGUUCUUUACAACAUGCCCAGCAUGUCAGUGUAAUGGCCAUAGUACAUGCGUGAAUGGAACAGAUAAAUGUCUUUUGCCUUGUCAACACCUCACUGAAGGAACUCAUUGUCAACAGUGCAUGGCUGGUUAUCAUGGAGACCCAGUAAAUGGUGGCAAUUGCACUCCUUGCUUUUGCAAUAAUCAUGGCGAUUUAUGCCAUAGAGAAACUGGACGGUGUUAUUGUACCACAAAAGGCAUUAAUGGACCUCAUUGUAAUAGAUGUGAUGAAUCUAACCAUUACGUUGGUAAUCCAGAGGAAGAAAAUGGAUCGUGUUUCUAUAAUCUUUCGAUCGACUUUCAGUACACAUUUAAUAUGUCCAAGCCAGAGGAUCGGCAUUAUACGAAUAUUAAUUUUAUGAAUAUACCAGUUAAACCUGAUGUUGAUGUUGACUUCACUAUUUCCUGUUCUGAUUCUGCUCUGGUCAAUAUAUCGGUUGCAUCAUCUUCUUCUCCAGAAAAAUUUCUAGAUGAGAAUCAUAAAUGUGGAACUUUCAAGCUUCGCUUUUCACAUGAUGACCAUGUUUUUGGAGCAGAUAAUUCAACAUUUUAUGUCUAUGUUUUCAAUUUUAAUACGCCAUUUGUUCUGCAGAUCUCAUUUUCACAACAUAGGCAGUUAGACCUUUUACAAUUUUUCAUUACUUUUUCCAGUUGCUUCUUAUCACUUCUAAUUAUGGCAGCUAUAAUGUGGAAAAUAAAACAAAAGUAUGAUUUAUACAGACGAAGACAGAGGUUAUUUGUUGAAAUGGAACAAAUGGCCAGUCGACCAUUUGCUGGUGUAGCUGUUGAACUAGAUGCUCAACUUCUUAUCAUAUCAUCUCAUACUGAGAGUGAGGAUCGCCGAAAGAAGUGUCAUCCGACUCCAAUUGCUCUCGAGCCUUGCUCUGGAGGUAAAGCUGCUGUGCUUUCCUUGAUAGUCCGCCUACCUCCUGGUGAAGAAGAAUAUACUCCACCUGGUCAGUCGGGUCUUGGAAUAGCAAGUGCAUUAGUUUCUUUAGGAACUCUAUGUAAAGGAAAUACAGAUGUUAUUAAAGAGACUAGUAAACUUGAUUCUUGGAAAACUAGCUCCAAUUCUAGUACUUGUAUAUAGAACUUUGGUACUUAAUAAGGGAAAGAAGCCACUUCAGUCAUUAUCUCAUGUGUUCUGAAAUUCAUCAUUUCUGCUGCUAUCAACAUCAUACCUAUUGUUCUUUUUUAAAAAUGAGAACUCAUUUCGUAUCUCCUAUUAAUGAUCAGUUCGUCAAAAUGUGAAUAGUUGUACAGUUCAGUGUUAUCUGUGUAUGUUUUUUCAAAUUUGUGUUUUCAUUGUAUCAUAGCUGAGUCAUUAUUUAUAUUUUACAAAUGUAACAUACUUUUACAUAGAUUUCAUAUUUUAGAUUUUUCAGUUUUUUUAAUGAGUUAUUAAGCAUUCUAUUUAUUCUUGUUGAAAUUGGAAUGAAAUGGCCGAUCGCAAUAAAAAUUUCUGAAACAAGAUAUUUUACUUCCAAUUUUUUAAAAAUCAGAUAAAAAAUUUUAUUCACUUUGAUUGCAGUUUGAUGAGAACUGAACAUAUUUGUUGGUGUGUGAUAAAAAUAUUCAUUAUAAUGAGUGUUUCUUCAUUCGUGGUGGUUUUUGUGUUCGUAAUUUAUUUUACUAGAUAAAUCAAACAUACCUGCUUUAUUGUAAUAUUUAAAUUUCUAAAAAUAACGAUAACAACCAGAUUUUCAGCUAAACGUCUAAAUUUUUUAUUUGAUUUCCAAAUAAUGGCUUGUUUGUUUUUUAUUUUAAAUUUUAUAUUAAUGAAAUAGACGUGGGUUUUAUUUAUUUAACUAUAUCAAUGUAUAUAAAAUUUUUGGUCUUUAUAAUUAUGUGUAUAUUUGUUUAAAUUUUAAUGAAUAUUUUUCUGUAUAUUCUACAGUGUAUAUAAAAGACUUAUAAGAUUGCUGCAGUCAAAUUAAUAAAAUAUAUUUAUUCAUUUUUUAUCUAUAUACAAAUUAUUUUCAUAGAUGAAUACAAGUGCAUGAUUUAUUCUUCGACAUCAGAAUCACGCUACUUGUGUUUUUUAUUCAUAAAUUGUUUAUGACAUUUGCUGUGCAAUGUGCACCUUUUUAUUUUAAGCCCUUUUUCUUUUUUGUAGUUCUUUGUAUUGUUCUUUCAUAUUUCUUAACUACAACUUAGUUAUUUUAUUAAUUAUAAUUUGAAAUAUAUUUUUUUCCCUAAAAAUGUAUUAAAAGUAUUAAUUUUUUAUUAUUUGGAAUUUCUAAAUUUCUUGUCUUAUGUGUUUUGUGUUUAUCUAUAAAUAUAACUAUAUAUUGUCACUUUUCAUUAUUAUUUUUUUUAAUUCGGACGAAUUCUUUCUACCUAAAAUUCAUGUAACGGAUUUGUAAAAUCGCAAUUUCUGUUAUUUGAAAUCUCAGGUUAAUUGUAAAAUGAAGUUUGCUCAUUAUUUUUUCCAUUUCUGGAGGCUUUGUUAAUCAGCUUGUUAGUGAACUUUUAUCAAGUCCUCAUUCAUGCAGAAGAAAAACAUUUUGAAUACAUUCCUCUUUCAUAGAAAGAUUUUCAUUAUUUUGUUUGUUGCAGUGUUAUGGCAGCAGAUUUCAAAACAAAACUUUAUUUUUAUUCAUUCUGUUAAAUUUCAAGUUAGAACGAAAUAUCAUGGAAUGAUGCCAUAUGGUAAAUUUUUUUUUAAAUGAUUUCAGUAAAUUACAAUUAGUGUAAAUUUUUCAUGCUUUUCUUGUCUUUUGCGAGAAGGCAAAUUAUUUAUUUUCUGUGUAUCGAUUUUCUAUUUCUGCCCACCCCCACCCCUCUUUCGGAAGUUGAUAAAUUCUGAGCACUAAUAUGAAACUCUUAGGUAGAAAGAAACACUCGUCAUGUUUAUUUCUAAUUUAUUAAUUCUAACAAAGAAAUUGAAUUUUUAUAUGAUCUCAAAUAUUUAUUACUGAUUUAGAUUUCAUAAAUUUGUAUUCUGAUGAUAAAAUAUCAUUCUAAUUGUUUUGGUAAUAAGUUAGCAUUUCUGAAGUUCAAUCAGUUUCAGUUUUGUACUAAUUUUACACUGCCAUUAUAUAUCUCAGUAUUAACUAGUAUUUAUUUUUUAAAUAACAAAAUAUAAAUAACUUAAUUUUAAUCUGAUGUGAAUAUCAAUCUAGUCCUGCAAAAUCCAAAUAAAUUUGUUUAUCCAUGCACUUGUUCAUUGAGCAAAAAUUAAGUUUAAGAGAUAAAUGUUAAUGUUAUAAGCCUAUAGUGAAUGUAAUUGAACUUUCUGAUUUUAUAAAAAAUAAACUUAAAGCAGUAUGAAGUCAUGGCAAUGCAGUUAUUAGUGCAUUAUUUUUUCAUUGUAAACAAUGAUUGUCAAGGAAAAAUUUUGAGUGUCAGUAUCUAGUUGGGAAUUUAGUGUUAAAACUUUUUUUUUUUUUUUUUUUUUUGCGUUUUGUGUGUUUAAACUACAUUUGACUCCACUUACUAUAAUGCAUACUAAAUUUUUUCUAAUACUUAAUAAUUUCUGUAGCUGUUAAAAUACUCGUGUAUCUGGUAUUAGUGUGAAAGAUAAGGAAAAUGUGAUAUUGGGCUUUUCCCCCCUUGUAUAUUUGUUUAGUUCAUUUAUUAAGAUUUUAUUUAAAAUGACCACUUUUCUGUAGAUAAUUUUUAAAAUGUAGCAUAAAAGCAUUUUUAGGUGGUUUAAUAAAUAAAAUAAAAUGGAGUCUUCUUUACAUUAAUUAUAUAAUAGUGAAUAUUUUGUGGAUUUACAUAUUUUUCUUGAAACUCCGCUUAACAUUUGCUUCACAUAUUUCUAAUAUGCAUGAUAUUUUAUAGAUAAGCCUUAAUUUUUUUUAUUUUAUAUAAAAAUAUAAUUUUACUUUUAAUUAUAUUUUGUUAAAGUGACUUCAGUCUAAAAAACACUUUUAAAUCUUGUUUUUAUAUUUUGUGAAACAUUUAAAUAACCAGACAAAAAAAAAAAGUAUUUUUUGAAUUCAUAAAAUACGGUAUUUCUUAUAACGUUAAAUAAUUUGUAUUUUGCAUUUCAAUAUAUGCAAUGAUAUUUGAGCAAUAUUCUGAUUCUUAAUUAAAUUCUAGAUUAAAGCUAUUGACUGUUUAACAUUUUUUUUUUUUUUUAAUUUAUGCAUUAUAGUUUGCUAAGUGCAGUACAUUUGUGGAAAAUUGUUUAUUAUUUACAUGUGACUUGGUGGAAAGUUUUUCCUUUAUUUUAAAAUUCAAAGAAAUUGUGAUAUUGUGUUUGAUUGUUGCUUAUGGAAAAUUAAUACUGACGAUGCUGAAAAAGCUUUCAUGGGCUAAUAUUUGUUUUGUUGGUGGUUAUUUGUUUGAAUUUAUUCUGUUAUUCACUAAUUUUAUUAUUUAUAUUUUAUAACUAUUGCAUUUUUAUUUGUAGUAUGUGUAGUUCUAGAAUAUUUGUUAUAAAUAUUUAAUUUAUGCUCUUAUGUAAUGUAUUAAUUUUGAUUAAGAAGUUUAAUUGGUUUACAUAUAAAUCCAGACAUAUUUAAUAUCAAAAGUUGUGUUUUGUUAUAGUUAACAUGCAUGUAUUAUUUAAGGAGUGACAGGUUAAAUAAAUAUUUUUCAAAUAAUUUAUCUGAUGCCUUUUUUUUUGUUUUUUUUUUUUGUUUGUUUAAGACGAAAUUAAUGAAAAUUAUACCUAUAAAAACUAUUCUUCCAUCCCAAGAUCAUUAUUACAUUAUUUAGUAGUUUAUCUUUCUUAAUCCCAAUAAUUCCUUAUCCAAUAUCUGUAACAAUUUAAUGGUAAAAAUUCAAAGAGGAAAAAGAAACAAUUGUUCAUUUCCACGUCUAACAGAAAGAUUUUGCAGACUAUCCAUGUCUAACAGACAGACUAUAGCACAUUUAUUCUUUAUCAUUAUUAUGCUGUAUGUUUUGUAUUAUAUGCACAAGCAAACAAUGCUCUA